AAAGCUCUCUCUUUUUCUUCCUCUCUCUCUCCUUCCUUUUCGCAAUUCUUCAUUCUUCUCUCUUUUUUUCGAUUUCCGCGUGUUGUUUUUUUAGGUCUGUGUUUCUGAUUCUCCGACGAGGAAGAGUAUAAGAGGUAAGAUCAAAACAAAAGAACAAGAGAAUUCCUUUUUGAUGGGUUGUUUCGGAUGUGGUAAGAGAUCGAGCAAACGAUCGGAGCCUAACAAAGAUAAAUACAAUGAUACAAAGAGUGGUACAAGCGAUAAGAGAGAUGAUCAGACUCAAUCCUGUUCAGAUUCUACAAAAGUCAGUCCAUAUCGAGAUGUUAAUAAUGAAGGAGUUGUUGUUAAGGAGAAGGAGGAUCAGUUAGCUCUUGAUGUCAAGGGUUUGAAUUUAAACGACCAAGCCACAGGGAAGAAAGCUCAGACUUUUACAUUCGAAGAACUUAAAGCUGCCACUGGGAACUUUAGAUCCGAUUGUUUUCUUGGUGAAGGAGGUUUUGGAAAAGUUUUUAAGGGAACUAUAGAGAAACUUGAUCAGGUUGUUGCAAUUAAGCAACUUGACCGUAACGGAGCUCAAGGAAUCAGAGAGUUUGUGGUUGAGGUAUUGACACUAAGUCUUGCUGACCAUCCUAAUCUAGUGAAGCUUAUUGGGUUUUGCGCUGAAGGUGAUCAGAGACUAUUGGUUUAUGAGUACAUGCCGCUAGGUUCUCUUGAAGACCAUCUACAUGAUCUUCCUUCUGGUAAAAAGCCACUUGAUUGGAACACACGGAUGAAAAUAGCAGCUGGUGCAGCAAGAGGGUUAGAGUAUCUACACGAUAGAAUGAAACCUCCUGUGAUCUACCGUGAUCUAAAAUGUUCAAAUAUCUUGCUUGGUGAAGACUAUCAACCAAAGUUAUCAGACUUUGGGUUGGCUAAAGUUGGACCAAGCGGGGAUAAAACUCAUGUCUCUACAAGAGUUAUGGGAACGUACGGAUACUGUGCACCUGAUUACGCUAUGACGGGUCAGCUCACGUUUAAAUCCGAUAUUUACAGCUUUGGAGUAGUCCUCCUCGAGCUUAUAACUGGAAGGAAGGCUAUUGAUAAUACAAAAGCGCGUAGAGAUCAAAACUUGGUCGGAUGGGCAAGACCGUUGUUUAAAGACAGGAGGAACUUCCCGAAAAUGGUUGAUCCAUUGCUUCAAGGACAAUACCCUGUGAGAGGAUUGUACCAAGCACUUGCAAUCUCAGCGAUGUGCGUACAAGAGCAGCCAAGCAUGAGACCUGUUGUAUCUGACGUAGUGUUGGCUCUCAACUUCUUGGCUUCUUCCAAGUAUGAUCCGAAUAGUCCUAGUAGCAGCAGGAGGAGGAACGGUUCUUUUCGCAAAGAUGAUGAUGAAGAGAAAAGACCGGAACUCGUCAAAGAAACCGAAUCUGAUGGGUCUUCAUAGGAAGAGAAUGGUAAAGAAAAAAAAAUCAAUCUAGUUUUUGGGAUUCACCAAGAUAAUGGGUGGACGAUAUAUAUAUAAUAUAAAAACAAAACCAAGUCACAUUUUUAACAUCUCUUCGUGGAUGUAUAUCUUUGACUUGGUUUCUGUUGUAUGUUUGUAUGUAGCAUGCUUCCUUUUUUUUUCUGUAGAACAAAGCCAUUUUGUUUGGGGACAUAUUAUAUACAUAUAUUUUUUCAGGUUAAACAAUCACUACAAGAAAACUCGUCCAUUACUAGGACGGGUUUUCCUCGUUAGUUCCUAGUAAAUGGCCUUUUACUAGGAACUUACGAGGAAACGUGUUUCCUCGAAACACGUUCAUCGUAAAGACAUUUUCCUCGUAAGGUUGUAGCGAAUUUACGAGGAAAGCUUUCCUCGUAAAGGCGUGGUAAUAUUUUCCUCGUAAGGU